AUGUGUGUUGGUAAAUCUUGUUUACUUUUAAGGUUUGCAGACGAUACAUAUACAGAAAGUUAUAUCAGUACCAUCGGUGUAGAUUUCAAAAUUCGUACAAUUGACCUUGAAGGAAAAACAGUAAAAUUACAAAUUUGGGAUACAGCAGGUCAAGAACGUUUUCGUACAAUCACAUCUUCCUAUUACCGUGGGGCUCAUGGGAUUAUUGUAGUUUAUGAUGUUACUGAUCCAGAUACCUUCACUAACGUAAAACAAUGGCUCCAGGAAAUUGACCGAUAUGCUUGUGAAGGAGUAAAUAAAUUAUUGGUUGGAAAUAAGAAUGAUUUAGCAAAUAAGAAAGCUGUAGAAUAUUCAGUUGCAAAG